UAUAUGUAUAUAUAUAUAUGGGACGAGUAACCAAAACUACGCAUUCUAAAUAUGUGCUCCAAUAAGUGUAUUGUAGAAUUAUUAGAAUUGGAAUAUGUUGUAUUAAAGGUAAAUGGCAGUGACAUCAGUCAUUUGUCGAAAUAUGAAGCGGUUCAAAUGUUCCUUCAAGCAAAAGAAACCCUAGUUGUUGAAUUAAAAAAAGCUAGCGACAGCAACAUCCCAACGGACAUUGAUGACAAUGACGUCCUGACGUCCAACUCCAACAAAGAGGAGCAACAACAACAGCAGCUUUCUGCAAAAUUAGAGAAUUUAAACUUAUCAAAUGCUAGAACAACUUCCAGUGCCUCACCAAAAGUGAAUUCCAAUUCGUUAAUGACCUCGCCAAUAAAAAACCAAGUAAUUGUCACACUACGAGCCUUCAGUGCAGACCCAAUUAUAGCAUCUCCUGCCAAAAAACCAAGUAUAGCCACUAAGGAGACCCAGACGGUGGAAAACAUUUUUGAAUUGAAUCAUGCGCGUACUGAACACGAUAUAGUGCGGAUCGCGGAUCAUUUUAUUGAGCAGGAACAUCAUUUGUUUGAGCAGUGUCUUGAGCCUGAAAUUGAUAUAGAGGAGAUUACGCUCUCGAAAGGCGAUGUACCUAGUGAUCAAAUUGGAUUGAGUGUAUGCUGCAAUGGCUUCUUCAGCAACAGUGAGGGCAGUGCCAAAAGCGUUGGCAAUAACAACAGCAAUAUAGGAUUGAUAUCAAACAAAGGCGAUGCCUGUGUUGACGUAUUUAUUAGUGAUAUUCACCCGGAGAGCAUUGCCGAGCGCGAUGGUCGUCUACGGCGUGGUGAUCAGAUUCUUCGCAUAAACGGCAAGGACAUCAAAAGCAAAGAGGAGGCGGAAUCACAAAUUGCAGAGAAUAGUAUGGCUGUCACCUUGCUGGUUAGCCGCAUUUUGUAUCCUGACGAUGAAGAUGACGAUGAUGAAGAGUAUUAUGUUGACAGCAACUUUGAAUAUGCAAAUAGUUUCCUUACUGAUGAUUACACAAAUGUUGUGGACAAGCUAGACAAAGUACUGAUGGCACAAGCGCAAUCAAUGAAACCGGCCGCAACCAAUGAAUCAUCAAAUCAAAUCGAAUCGGUCAAAUCCAUUGAUCUGGCCCAGUCUUCCGCACAAACGACAGAAUCAAAUAACAGCCACAUUAAGAGUCAAACAAAUAGUACUCUAAUGGAAAAAUGCAACGUUGACCCACCAAGAAUAUUAUCUACACACAACAAACCAUCUUUAGACACACAUUUGGGUCAGGAAAAAACGUUGAAACUAUCCAAAGGCAAAAGUUUACCCACAACGCAUAGUGCCGCAAGUGCCAAGGCCAAAAAUUACGAAUAUGAUGAGAGCGAGCACAUAUAUGAGACAAUACCAGAGGAUUCAGAGUCGGAACCCUUGUACUGUUCACCGUAUCAGAGCUCUACCUACAUGACAGCCAUGGGUUCCUGCUCAUCUGCGACAAUGGCCGAAACGUUGGAAAUGCAACAGCAAUCCCAGCGUGUUGCUCAAUGGUUGGGCAUAAAAUCGCAGGCAAGAACUGUACAAACUUUGGGGGCCCGUCCAACUUCACAGCACAAGCAACGCAACUCCUCCAAUCGAGUUUCCACAUUACGCAGCGCAUUAACCAACACAAGUGGGUCAAGCAGCAGUGGUGCUGGAUGUAGUGCUUGCGGACCUGCUAAUGUCGACAGUGAAAAUCUCAAUGAAGAACUCGACAACUCGUCAAGUGCGUAUAACACUGGAGGCUCAAAUAACAGCGCCUCGCCUCUAGCAUUUGCAUUAAAUAAAAGUCAAAAUAUAUUAACUCAAGAUAAUGACAACGUAACGCCGUGCAGCAAGAACCCAAUAAUGAGCAGCUCUUAUCAAAGCAAAGUGCAGCCAUUGCAAUCACCCAAAGAGCCACUCGUUACCAGCCCCCUAAGCAGCAUGUUAGCUUUCGGAAAGUCUGCCGGCAUGGGACUAUGCUCAUCGAAUUUCCAGCCAUGCGGCCUCAGUGCUUCUUCUUUAGAGAGCACUAUUCAGGUGAAGACUGACGACUCAAUUGCGGCUAGAAUGCGACUUAAGCAAACUGAAGAGCAGCCCAGCCACUGCCCACAGUUUAACGCCCCCAACUUAAGUCGUUAUCACUUUGUUAGCAGUCAAGAGGUUGCCAUUGCAAACAAGAGUCAAAUACCUUCGGUCUCAAAUCGCAACUCCAUUCUCGUUAAAACGAAAAAUGGCCAUGAAGAAAUUCCAAUGGUCUGGAAAGUGAAACGUCGCCCGGACGGAACACGAUACAUUGUGAAGCGUCCGGUACGAAACCGUUUACCUGUUGUUAUCCGCAAGAAUAUACGUAACAAUGAAGUAACUACUACUGAGGAUGACACAAUAUCGGAGGUAAAAAUUGGACGCUAUUGGACUAAGGAAGAGCGUAAAAGACACAUAGAGAAGGCUCGAGAACGGCGACAACAACAACAAUUUCCAAUACAAUAAGCAUAUACGUAUUUAGCUUUAAAUAACCUCCACUUGUAGGUUAAACACACUUUUUUAUUUGUUAUUCAAAUGUCGGGUUUCAAGAGCGCCCAAAUGUUACUAAACAGCUGGUCGACUACAAUAUCAUAGCAUGCAAAUACUACAUACAACAUUUUAGCCAGUUUUAUUUGUGUGUAUGUAGCUCCGAAUCAACAACUAUAAGCCAAAUAUGGAAAUUAAAAAACAAAAACAAAAAAUUACUGUUAAGAAUGAUUUAAAAUAUCGACUUUUAAAAAAAGUCCUAUUAGAAAUUGCAUUUGAAAUCAAAACUAAGUUCAGUAGUAUAAAAAAAAUACAAAAAUACUUUCAAACAGAUAUGUACGUAGCAACACAAAUAUAGCCAAUGCCAAUUUAUUACAUACUUACAAUUGUAUACCCUACACGUUAUUGUAUAUAAUAUACAUAUGUUAUCGACAAAUAUGCAUCGCAAAGCUCCAUUCCACUGUUGGAAGCAAGAUGAGCUAAGUUUCUAAAACGUUUGCCUUUAUUGCAUUCGAAUCUGUCCUAAAACUAAAACAGUACAGCAAUUUUUCAACACAUCAAUUUUCACAUUACCAAUCAUCCCCACACAAUAAAUUAAUCUUUAAAUGGCAA